AUGCUUUCUGCCGUCUCCACCCAUUGCAGACAAUCUGACCAGCACAACAAGGAGCUAAUCCAAGAGAGAGACGCUCUCAAGCAGGAGUUAUCUGAGAACAACAAAGCCAUUGAGGACCUGCAGCAGUGCCACUCCGAGCUGGAGGAGCGGCUCCAGCUCUUGUUGGAGGAGAAGGACACCAUGCAGGCGAGACUGGAGGACCUGGAGAAGAAGCUGGAGAUGUCUGAGCUGCUGUCGAAGCAGGUGGAGGAGAAACAUCAAGAGGCUCAGGAGCUACAGCAGCAGCGGGACCAGUACUUUGAUGCAGCACGAACAAAAGCAGAACAAGAUUGA